AUGACGGACGCAUCGUUUCCCCCUUCCGGUGGAGCUCCUCGAGCUCCUCCUCUCUCGACUACUACAACUACUAACGUUACUACUACAACCACCACCACCACCAUCGCAUACACUCAUCCUCCGAGUAUUUCCUCUAUCCCACGUCGUUCGUCCUACGCAUCCGUUCUGUCCGGUACUGCCGCUCUCUCCUCCAUCAGCAGCUCCUCGUUUUCUCAUCUGAACCUCGCAUAUCCACCCCCGCCUUUGACCGCCGCCGACAGCCGCCUGUCCAGGCUAUCCGCCGCCGUGGAUGCUGAUAUCAUGAACUCGCCCUGGCGGUCGUCUCCCGGUGAGACUCUGCCUCCUCACUCCCGUAAAUACGCCAGCUUUCCUCUUCACGAUCCUUUCGCCCACCAGCCGGGCAGCUUUACCGACACCGUUCCCUCCUUCACCCCCUCUUAUCUCCGCAACUCCCGCUAUGUCUCCCGCCUUGAGGCCGCCCGUCGGGCCAAACUCGCCGCCCAUCGAGAUGCCAACGUGCCCUCCGCCACGUCGAUCCCCCCGUCAACCUCGUCGAGUCAGGCUAGCUUGCCCCGGAUCACCCCUUCCCAUCGAGGCAUGACCUAUGAUAUUGUCGAACGAGAGACUCCCAACGACGAUGACCAUUUACUCCCCUUACCCUCCGGGUGGAAUGCGGCGGAUAAGUACUCGGGAUUGGAGCUGACGAACGGCGGCUUCGAGGUUCGGUACACGGGCCCAGUCAAUAAGCAUGAUCAUGAGGCGGCGGCCGUUCGCGCGGAUAACCCCAUGCCUCCGCAAUGCGGGAUCUACUACUUUGAGAUCACCGUUCUAUCCAAACCUAAAGAAGGGAUGAUCGGCAUUGGAUUCUCAAGCAAGAAAGCGUCGAUGGAAAGGUUACCGGGCUGGGAACAAGAAUCCUGGGCCUAUCAUGGGGAUGACGGCAAGUCCUUCUUUGGCGAAAGCCAAGGACAAGGUCGCCAAUACGGUCCAACUUUCGGAGCAAAUGAUACGGUGGGAUGCGGGGUGAACUUUUCAACCGGUUGUGCCUUUUUCACCAAGAACGGCGUUUUCUUAGGGAACGCGUUUCGGGAACUACGAAACCUCAAAGUCUAUCCAUCGGUGGGAAUGAAGAAGCAACCGCCGGUGCAUAUCAUCGCAAAUUUCGGCCAGCAGCCCUUUAUGUUCGACAUCGAUGACAUGGUCAAGAAAGAGAAGUCUCUGGUCUAUUCGGAGAUUGCCCUGACCAGCACCGCCAAUCUCCAGCCGCCAUUGGAUGAGAAUGUCUUACUCCAGGAAUUAGUGGCGCAAUUCCUUGCCCAUGAUGGCUACGUGGAAACGGCCCGCGCGUUUGCCGAAGAGGUGGCGGCGGAGUCGACGGCGUUAGAGAACGGCCGACCCACUUCGCUACAGAAGUAUGAAGUCGAGGAGGAUGUGGAAGCAGUUAAUCGACAGAAGAUCCGAGCGGCGAUCCUCGACGGCGAUAUAGACAAGGCGCUCAAGUACACCAAUGCAUAUUACGCCAAUGUGUUACAGACCUACCCCCAUAUUCAUUUCAAAUUGAGAUGUCGCAAAUUUUUGGAAAUGAUGCGGCGGUGUAGUGAGCUAUCAGCAACGGCGUCGAAGCGGGGACGAUCGACGAAUGGCUUGUUGGACAGUGCGGUGUUUGACCAGGAAAUGGAAUUAGAUGACCAAGUGCACGACGGGGAUGGAUGGGAGGUCGAGGGGAUGGAGAUUGAAGACUCCGAGACGGCAGCCAAGUCAAAGGAGCUGCUAACCGAAGCUGUACAGUAUGGACAACAGCUGUUCAUCGACUAUCCACCCGAUGAACGGGGCGGGGACCGGAAGAUGUUGGAAGACAUCUUCUCCUUGGUGGCCUAUCAGGACGCGCGCCAGUCGGUGCAUGGGCAUUAUCUAGACCCGGCCAACCGCAUAGCCGUGGCAGAAGAAUUGAACUCGGCCAUUUUAGUGUCCCUCGGCAAGUCAUCGUCGGCGGCGCUGGAGCGACUGUAUCAACAGACGGAGGUGCUGGUGAAUGAGAUUAGCGAGGAAGGCGGCGCUGGGGCGUUCAUUAAUCUUCCCAGCAUUCCCACCCACCCAGCCUCUGCCCACGUCUCGACCACGGAUCUUCAAUGCUGCUGUGGCCGGAAUGAUUGUGCAUUCUUGCUCCAUAAUCAUCUGGCUCUUGAGGGGCUGGAAAAGGAUCUUGCAACUGCUGCUAAACUAGGCCAGGCUUUACUCCACCGUCAUGAAUCUUACAUGGCGGAGGCGGAACAGGACCGCCAGCGUCUCCUGCUCAGCAUUGAAACUCUCGAACGGGAGAAGCGCGAGGUUCAAGCCGAGAACGCCCGCAUCAUUGAGGAGAAUCGCGACUUGCUGGAGCAAUUAGAGGGUCUCAACAAGGCCGUUGCCGAUUCCGACCUACACGCCAAAUCAUUGACAUCGCGACUGGAAAACACCGAGACUGAGCUGCGCAAAUUGACCAUGUCGGCAGCUCGCGCGGCGGAUCUCGAAGCCCAGCUCGCACGCAUGGAGUUGGAGCAGAGUCGACUACAAGAGAGUCUCCAGUCGGCGAAGGAGGAAUCCAAGUCGGCCGUCCAACGCUGGAAGCAGGCGGAAUGCACUCUCCGUGACCUGCAUGAUCAAGUUGACCGCAUUGAAAAGGAGGCCCGGGAAGAACGAGAGCGCCAUGCGGAAUUGAUCCAACGGAUGGAGCGCCGACGAAGCGUGGAGCGCGAACUUGAUGGCGCGGCUGGUCGAUUGAAAGGUGCGGCUGCUGCGCAGGAGCUGGGACGCAAUCGCGCGGGCGCCAACGUGGUUUCCCACUUCGUACGCGACAUCUUACAGGAUAAUGCCAACCUACAAAUAGGAAUCAUGGAGCUGCGGGACAUGCUCGAAAGCUCGAACCAGGAGGUGCAAAACCUGCGAGAUCAGAUUUUGUCUCAUCAGCCCCUAGCUGCGUCCGACGGGCAGGAACCUCGGCCGUCAACAACUUUGAGCCAGGAACUGGAAGCGCAAGAGUCACGUCGCGUGUCGCAGGAAUACCAUAUUCACCACCAUUAUCAUCCACCCGCUAUCCCUGUUGGCGCCAAAAAGGAUCGGGGUUCGUUGUUUCGUCGGGGCAGUAAGAAAAGACGAUCUUUGGGGAAUGCGGCGGUGCUUAAUUCGGCCUCGGGAACACGCAAGCCCAAUCACCGCUCGCAGUCAUCUACCUCCUCCACAUCAACUAUAUUGUCCCAGACAUCAGUCUCUAUCCCUCCAGCGGCGUCUCAUCGGUGGUCAUUGCAAACUCCAAUGACGGACUCGGUGGCCAGCUCGCCACAGUCCGCUUACCAACCGCCCUCGAUCUUCGACCGCGCGGAACGCGGCUGCGACUUCUCCCAGCCAACUAGCCCAGACAGUACCGUCUUUUCCUCUCCAUUGACAAGCCGUUGCAGAAAGGGUCACUCCGACGCAUCUUUGCGACGGGAUGCGACAGAUCAUCCGACCCAUCCCAAUGAUGAAGAGCUGAGAUACGAGUAUCUCACUCAACCCGUGAUUCCAGAAGAGAUAGAGUCGAUGCAGUAUGCCGAGUCGGAGCGAGCGGCGUCUCCUUUGAUAGCAGACAUAUUUUCUUCUCCCUACCGCUCUUUGCGUCGGGGCUCGUCCCACGAGAGUCUAUUCUCCGUGGCGGGAAUGGACAUUCAUGCUCCGAGUCGACGUCCGUCGCGGACGAAUGUGAACGACCUUCCUUCGACCACCAUGCCUGUCCGCAUCCCUCGACGCAUUAUUUCGUCGAAUAUGGAUCUAUUCCCCACACCCCCAGUCAUUUCGACGAGCAAUGUGACGGCGGGACGAGAGCCAGCCCUAGUGCCAAACCAGCGUCCACAGGCCCUUCUCGCAUCGAUGACCGGGAACAGACAGCUGCCAACUGAACAAGUCGUCCCUGAAGAGGAAUACUCGGAUAGUAGCGCUGCUACGCCUUCUCGGAAGCUGUCUUUGCCCCGCCGUGUUGGUGGUUGGGUCCGCGGUCGCUGGGGCACCGCCGCCGUCUCGGGGCAUGAAACCAUACAAUCGUCCCCGAUUGAGGAGGACACUUCAUCCCCAGUGAGUCCCUUCUCCAGUGGGCAUAGUACCAGAAGCUCGAUGAAGGCUCGAGCAAGCCCAGCUCCGAGCCUGCCCUUCCGGUACCCGGGAGUCAACCAAAAAGGACCGAUCAUGGGAUUUCACCCCAUGUCUCGUGCGCCUGUAUCCCUACAUGCCGACAACUUGGACGAGGGACUUCUCAGGGAGAGCCUUGCUGAGUGA